AUGAAGUCGACUUCGGGAGGCCGUGCAUGCGCGGACAGAAAGCCGGGUGUGUAUAAAACAUUCGCGCGUGUGUACAUCUCUGAGCCGCUGCUUUCUCCUGAUCAUUCCUCACCACCACCAUCACUCCAUACCAUGUCACACUUUCACAACCUUUUCCAAGGCGGACCACCAGCGAAGGUCGAGGUCCGCGACGUCAGGAUGGAUUGGACUCCCAAAGUCAAGACAGAAGAUGUUUUGCUUCUGCCGCCAUCACCUCCACGCACGCCACCUCCAAGCACACCACGCCCAAGCAGACCCCGCCCAAGCGCGCUGCGCCCAAGCACACCACCGAUACAAGCAGACCGAGGCGGAGUCCCAGACCGCCCGCGCCGCCGAGCAGGUGAAGGAUGGUUCGCAUGGCUGCGCGCGGUAUGGCAAUGCGCUCUCGCGCUGUGUCAUGCACUGUGUCAGGGAACUGUUUGCCUGUUUCGGUGGGUUGUCUGGCUGGGUCAAUGGAUUGCUCAGCUGGGGUAUUGCGUGGGCUGCGGCUGCGACUGGCUGAUUUCGCUGGUCGACGGCAUACGCUACUGGACGCUGUACCCAAUCCACGCAAUCACGGCACGCCGAUUGGGACGCUGGAUGCUACCACUGAUGCUCUUUCUUGCGCAGUGCUCGCCAGGAGUGCGCUACGCCGCAACAAUCGCUGGGCGUGCAUUGUCCAUGCGCGCCGACGAUGCGUGCUACAGCGGAUUCCGCGCGCCACCAGUUCUCUUCAGCCUGAAUGCGACCAAGCCUUCAUCAUGGAUGUCUGUGCCUGUCCAGAACAGCAUGGCGUGGGAUCAGAUCACGCGCGAGGAUGCGGCGGAGGCAGCCAUGAUGCAGCGCUUGAAUCUGUCGCACACGGUGUUGGAUGAGUGGCGGAGAGGAAUGCAAGGUAGCGGUCGCGAGGGUGCUGCAGAGCCGCUGGAGUAUGUGUGUACGGCGGUGUGGCGGCGCAUCGAGGGAGCGGCAGCAAUCGUGACCGGACGGAGAUUCGUGGAUGGCAUGUCGCAUCGACAUGAGGUGGCAGUCGAAUACGGCGAGGCGCUGGGAGAGCUGUUGGAUCGGGUUAGUAUCAUGCUGGAUCAGGACCAGGCGUUACGGUCAUGGACAUCGUUUUGGUGGAGGUGGUUAGAAGCCGUGUGUCCGGAGAAGCUGAUGAGGCGCAUCAAGCGGUCGCGCGAGCAAGAACAGAUUGGCGAGUUGGCAUGGUGGAUUCGUGAGUGGAGUGUGGCCCGCGAGCAGCCUUUGCUUCGACUCUACUACGCUCUCGCACGCGCGCCAUUGCGGAAUCAGAUGUUGGUGGAGGUGUUGCGCCAGAUGGUGUGGGCUCAGCACUGGAUGGAGUUGCUUCCCCGCAACCAGUCGGCGUGCGGCUUGUCGGCGCCGACGCUCGAGGAGAUGCGGGCGUGGGUGGCAGCUUGGCCGCGCAUCAUCCAGCGCAACACCGACGACGCCACGCAGCAGAUGAGCAUUUUCUCCAUCGAGCAUGAAUACGACGAUGCCGCCUCCGACGACGCCGAUGCGAACGCCGAUGACCUGUUUCGUGGCAUCGCCGACGCAACGUGCGGGACUGCACAGGCUGCUGCAGGCCUUGCGCUACAUGAAUGCCUUUUACCGCAAACCAGCAGCGCGAGGCAUGCGCCUGGAGCAGUACUCAGCCAUGCUUCGCCUUUUGCUCACCGCGUACGCAAAUCCAAACACGGACACGAACACGAAUCUCUGAAGUCACAGCUCACAGCGGGAAGCCCAAAGCCGGAAGCCCGCAGCCGCAGAGCCGCAAGUGCAGAGCCGCAAGUGCAGAGCCGCAGCCAGCUCGGGCGAAGCCGAAAGCCGCCCCCACACCCGCGCCCGCAAGCCGCACCCGCAAGCCACCCAUUGCGCAAGACGCUUGAUUGUACUUUGCUGUCUGCGACAUCUCUCGCUCAAACACUUGAGCAUCGCGGUGAGAAAGGCGCCGAAAGAAGGGUUCUUUUCUGUUGCGCAACAAAUGUUGGCUGUACUAUAGCGCUGACAGAUUGCGCAUCUGCAGCAAGGCCACCCGCCCACGAGGUUCGUAUUGUUGGCCGAAUGCGUCCAUCCGCAUCCCUUGCGCACAAAGACCAAAACAUUGCGCGCACUUCUGUUUGUAACGCUCCAAUACACAAUCACACUCAUACCUACACUGCCAUCGUCUCUCUCUUCCGGAAAUCAAUUGCUGCCGCAUCCGCAUCCGCAUCUGCAUCCUCGCCUGCUUCACCCGCGUCUGCUUCACUCCCUCUCUGGCACUGGCCCGCCUUCGCCAACGACCCGAGGCAUGUCACCAACGACACUCUGGCCCAAGAAGCCGAUCAGCACCUCCUCCAACUCUCGACAUUCUCGCCUCGGUACUCUAUCCCAUGGCUGAUGGACAUCUACCACCCCAUCCCUUUCACCACUACGGCCGAAGAUGACCUUCCAGCCUACCGCCAUGUCCGCCCAGGACAUAUUUCUUACGGCGCUGCUUUCGCCUUCACUCUGAAGCAGCGCAAUUGUGAAGCCUUUCGCGCUCUCCGCCAUACCCGUCGCUCACAAGCCCUGACGGAUGAACUUGAUGACUUCUCCUGGCUCGACAAUCUCUCUACACAGCGCUGCACACUCCAAUUCAAGUCUGCCCGCCAACUGCUGUCCAGUCUGCACUGCCUGUACCGCUUCCUGGCCCGCCAUCUGUACCUCGUCCUCAAACCUGCGGACUACUCACACUGGGUGAAGCGGGCGCAGAUACUCGGCCAUCGUCAGCGCCACGCACUCUCACCCUACCUCGACCGCUCACCAGACCUCUUCAACCAGCAUCAGCGCAUUCGGAACAUGACUACCACAUACCGCUCCAAGGUGACCGAGUCUCUCGAUGUCAUCGCCUUCCGCAUCGUGCAGUGCCAUCGCCAGGGCCCAGAAGCGCCAUGUCGGGCAAAGUUCGUCCCUGACAUUGAAGCCCUGUAUCGCAGCAAAGCCUGGGUGGACUGGCUCGACCUCAAUGCGCUUGUCUCAUACCAACGCAUGUCCGCCAUGUCCUUCUUCGCUCUGCAGAUGCGCGACACCUUGGACCGGUUGAUGAGAGGGGUGAAGGCUGAGCAAACUGAUUUCGUCGCUCUCGUAAGUCUACAGCACUCACACCACUCAUUGAUCAACUUCAUCCACCGCCUCAACCAACCCACCUCCAACGGUCCCACUCUCCUCCACACCCUCGGCUACCGCGCCGGUCUCUACGCCUCCAAACACUGGGCCCACCGCCACGACAAAGCCCGAACUCGCAACCCAUCAUCCCACCAACUCACCUUCCCUCCCAACCUCGAGCCCGCACCUUUCAGCUCCGACUUCCUCACCUGCCUCUGGAACUUGGGGAAAGCCAUCUCCGUCAGCAACAACAACCAAUCCACUUCCAGCGACCCACCAAUCACCUGUCCCCUCUACCUCUCCCUCCAACGCAACAAAAACUGGGUUUUCCAAUACUUCUCGCAACUCACACUCUCCUCUUCUCCCUCUUCGCCUUCUUCGCCUUUUGAGCUCCCAGUCCCCGAGCCUCUGGAACCUGUUGGCGAUGACUGGAAUUGCGAAGCACCGCAAUUCGAAGGCGCUAUGCCGUUGUCCGGCAAGGGAUUGAGGAUGGGGAAUACGGAGUUUGGGAGGUUGCGCGAGUGGGAGAUGUUUAAGAGGCAGUCGAAUGGGGAGAGGUGUGUUGUUUGGGAGGAUGAGGAAAAUGGACUGGAUGGGUAUGGGUUUCAUGAAAUGGGGGGUGGGGAUGGUGUUUGGUGUUUGGUUGAUUUGCCUUGGGAGAAGGAUGAAGAGGGGAUGGGAAAAGAGGAUGGGGUUUGGGGGUUUUGGAGAAGUGUCGAUGGGGAUAGGGAGAUGUUGUGGGGGAAUGAGACGCUUUUUGAGACGUCGAGGGAGAGGUUUCGGAAGGGUUUGUGCGAAAGACGGAGGGAGGAGAUGAUGGAAAAGGAAAGGGAGGAGAAAGAGGAGGAGGAGGAAGAGGGAGGGAAGGGGUUUUUCGGGGUUGGGUUUGGGGAGUUGUUGGAGAGGGUUGAGCGUGAGUUUUUCGAGAGAGUCGGUGGUGUUUUGGAGGAGGAAAAGGAGGGAAGGGAAAAAAAAGCUUUCGGGUUUGAGGAGGUUGUUCGUGCGUUUUUUGGGAGUAUUGGGCGCGUCGCUCGAUGGGUGCCCAGAGCAGAGAUAGAUCGAGAAUACAUCAGAUCAGUGCCAAAUCACGUACCAGAAAUGAAGCCUGAGAAGAAGAAUAUUGUGUGCGGGAAAGCCGGGAAGCCGGGCCGCGCCGAGACGAGCCCAGGCUGGAUUUGCAUGAGACAGUGA